AUGGCGGACAGUGGUAAUGAAAAUACAGGGCAUGAUUCAGUCCCUGGGCGCGUAGAGGAAAUAUUGUGCCAGCCAUGUUUAAAUAAGGAUAAACAUAUUGUAGCAGAUAAAUUUUGUUCAACUUGCAAUGAAUAUCAGUGUACAGAUUGUUCAAAUGUACAUUCCAUACUUCCCAUCUUGAAAAGUCACAAAUUAGUGAACACUAAGGAAAUAAAAGCGAAACAAUGCAUGUUUGAUAUGAAAGGAUUAGAUCAAUGCAAUCAGCAUCACAAACUUUUGGAAUUCUUCUGUGAAGAUGAUGACCAGCUCUGCUGCAGUACUUGUGCUAUUGUUGAUCACCGUAAAUGUCACAGUGUUGUAGAAGUACAGAAAAUCGCCGGAAAAUUUACCUCUCAAGGUUCAAGCUUAAAGGGAAAAUGGCAAGAAGUAAAAGAGAAUGCUGAGUAUCUUGUAAAAUCGAUUAUCUCGUCAAAAGAACAAGUUCAACUUGAUGCUAAAGAAAUACCCGGAACGAUAAGGCAAAUGCGAGACAGAGUUAUUGAAAUGUUUGAAGAUUUGGAGGCUUCUGUUGUUGAGAAAGUUGAGGAUUUUAAGACAGAGACUAUUGCAGAAUUUGAUAAGAAGCAAACAAAGAAUGAGGGAUACGUAGUUGACGCAACACAAAACCUUGAAAUCAUUAAAAACGUGUAUAAAAAUGGAACGUCUGUCCAGCAAUUUAUUGUAGAAAAGAAAAUGCAGGAAGAUGCCAAAAAUCUCGUCACCAAAGUCAAUGCAGAGUGUCAGAACUUAGAAACGGUGAUUAUUUCUUUCGAAUUUGAUGAAACAUUGAAUGUGUCACUACUGCCGCUUUCUGGUUAUGUACCAGGUAAACUCACCUUGAAGUUAGAAGCUAAAAAAAUGAAGCUUACGCCAGUCAUUUCCAUAGAUUUGAAGCAAAAUGAGGAUGAAGCUGAGAAACCAUUGUGUACAGGAAUAGAUUUUCUACUCGAUGGUAGACUGGUUGCCGUGGAUAAUAAAAACAAGAAAUGCUUAGUGUACAAUGAGAAGCUUGAAAAAGUAGGAUCAUAUCAGUUAUCGUAUCAUCCUAAGGAUGUUGUUGCUAUAUCUGAAGAUAUUGUGGCAGUAACAAGCGGUGAUUGUUACAAAAUAGAUUUUUUGAAAGUAAGUGACGAAAAUGAAAUAACUUUAGACAAAACUUGUAAAGUGAACACAAUGUAUUACUCUAUAUGUCUAAAAGACAAGAAUCACUUUAUUGCAGGAACUUUGAAAGAUCUGAGGCAUGUUCGCAUUGUAUCUUUUUCGGGUGAAGAAAAAGACUUAAAUGUUACCUUUCCGAACAAAAUGUUUUCUAUAAACGCAAGUGCUUGUACGUUUAUAGAAACUUGCAACAAGAUUAUUAUUACAGAAAGAUAUGAAAAUACUGUGAACAUAUAUGAUAUCAAGACAAACACGAGAGUCGAAGUGAAGGAUGAUCAGAUACAGAGACCAUGUGGUGUAGCGACUGGUCCUUCUGACACUAUCUUGGUUUGCUGUGAAGGGACACCUGGCAUUGUUCAAAUAUCUCUAACAGGCCAAAUCUUAUCAUCGCACAAGAUAGACAAAGAAAAAUCCAUUGUAAUUGAGCGAUUUACUAAACAACUUGGUGACCAGGAGGAAAAAAUGCAAGUCAUGGAACGCACUAUUGAAAACCUCAUGAAAAACGCAACAAAACUUUCCAGUACACAGCAAGAAAACAACGAAAUAUUUCCAAAGCUGCAUCAUAGUCCGAGUACAUUGUCAGGGGAAAUUGACCGUCUACUGUUAACAAAUAAUCGUGCAGAAGAGAUGCUUUUACAAGCUCGCAUAGGCAUAUCUAAAACAAUCUUCAAUCAGGCAAGAGACUUACAUUUGUACGUAAAUAAAACACAAUAA